AUGGACUCAGAUGAACCUGAAGUCCUGGAGCAAAUUCCGCCACCUCCCGAGACCAUAUGGCAAGGGUAUAACGAGCUUGGCCACUACACUCACAUUGUUCUCCGUACUCAGCUCGGUGAUAGCGCAAGGCUUAAUGCCGCCAAGAGGGAAUCUGAUACUGAGACGCCGGAAAAUUUAACGAAGAAUGUUAAUGUUCUGUCAGAGAACGAGUUGCUUACCAUUCAGACCAGCAUACAUGAUAUGGUUAGUGCCCUCGAUGAUGCUGUUCAUCUCUCAGCAGACCCUCCGGACCACGACUCGCCUCAACUCUCCCGGGCCCACACAGCUUAUACUGGUCGACGAGGAAGACCGCGGAUAGAUAUUGAACUUGAGCUCCUCGAAAUUGCAUUGAGCAUGCGUGGCUCAACCCAUCUAGCAUCUGCGGAGGAAUGUCGGUGCUUCGAAGUGAGAUUUGGUUCGAGUCAGCUGUCUUCUUGA